AUGGUCAUCAUCGAUAGUGUUCGUUUUUAUCGGCCGUUCUGGUUUUGCAUGCGAAUGCUAGUACCGACGUUCUUCAAGGAUUCCCGUCGUCCUGUCCUGUUUUAUAUAGCGGUGCUGCAUGUCCUGGUGACCUUGUGGUUCCCACUGCACCUUUUGCUGCAUCUUCUGGUGCAUCCUUCUCCGGCGGACCUCUUGAAGAACCUGACCAUGUCUCUGACUUGUGUGGCCUGCAGCCUGAAGCAUGUGGCCCAUUUGUAUCACCUGCCGGAGAUCGUGGAGAUCGAAUCCCUGAUCGGGCAGUUGGAUACAUUUGUUUCGAGCGAACAGGAACAUCGCUAUUACAAGGAUCACGUGCACUGUCACGCCGAACGCUUUACGCGAUGCCUCUACAUAAGUUUUGGCAUGGUUUACGCGGUUUUCCUAUUCGGUGUUUCCGUUCAGAUCAUCAGCGGAAACUGGGAUCUUAUUUACCCCGCCUAUUUUCCGUUCGAUUUGGAGCAGAACAGAUCUAUGGCUGCUGCGGCCCUGGGCUAUCAGAUAUUGAGCAUCCUUGUUGAAGGAUUACAGGGCCUGGGAAACGACACAUACACUCCCCUGACCUUGUGUCUCCUGGGUGGACACCUCCAUUUGUGGGCAAUUCGCAUGGGUCAGCUGGGAUUUCUAAAGGAAGAAAAUGUCAACGAUCAUCAGCGAUUGCAGGAGUACAUUGAGCAGCACAAACUGUUGAUGAGAUUCCACCACCUGCUGUCCCAGACCAUCAGCGAGGUGCAGCUGGUGCAGUUGGGCGGCUGCGGGGCCACCCUGUGCAUCAUUGUGUCCUACGUGCUGUUCUUCGUGGGCGACACCAUCUCGCUGGUCUACUACUUGGUCUUCUUCGGGGUGGUCUGCGUCCAGCUCUUCCCCAGCUGCUACUUCGCCAGCGAGGUGGCCGAGGAGGUGGAGCGCCUGCCGUACGCGAUCUUCUCCAGCAGGUGGUACGACCAGUCCCGCGAACACCGAUUCGAUCUGCUGGUCUUCACCCAACUGACCUUGGGGGGCAGGGGGCGGGUCAUUAAGGCGGGCGGCCUCAUCGAGCUGAAUCUAAAUGCCUUUUUCGCCACCCUAAAGAUGGCCUACUCCCUGUUCGCCGUUGUGGUGCGGGUGAAAGGUAUAUAG